AUGGCACCGGCAGGAGCUGCCAGGCCGGCAGCCAACGGAGUUUUCAUCGUGACGAUUCCCAAGAUCACCUUCAAAAACAACACAGCCAUCGAUCUCAGUGGCGUACCCAAUGUCACUCAGUGGGUGCAAUACACCCCCAAGCCGGCUGCUGGCUCCUUUGCAAAGGCAGCUUUCUUCAGCAAGAAGCUGGCUGCAACCAGCGGCAAAUGGAUUGAUGGGCCUCAGGCGCUGCUGUCAGGCUCUGCCAAUGGCAAUGCCUCGAACAUCCUCCUCAUUCUCAACGCGCCCGUGUACAACGCAGCGACCGACGUGGUGACCCUGGCUUACAAGGUGCUGCCUGCCAAUGAGUCAUCGCUGCCCGCAGCUUCGGGCAUCGCCAAUUCUGUCCUGGGCUUGGUUGCGAGCCAGUCAACCGACAGCAGUGGAGCUACCCCUCUGUUGACGGCAGCCGCCCCCGGAUUGACCCUGUACAACGCCACGCUGUUUAUCGACACAGCCGAUAUUGCUAAGUACACUGGAAGUGGCUCGUCAACAUCUGGCGAGAAGGCUGGACUGAUCAGAGUCCCCCUGGGCUACAGCUUUGGCUAUGGCUAUGACUACUAUGUGGGCGACCCUUACUACUACCCUUGAGGCACUGCAGUCAUAGAUACUAAUGACUACUACGGAAGUCUUCAGUAAGUACUGCCGCAAACCGGCACUUGGGCGGUUGCCAAUCCCGGCCCUUGACUUGAAGUUUUGAAGUAUAGAAAGAAUGACAGGGACUCAUGUUUGACUGGUCAAUGCCUUAGCAUCAAUUUCUGUGCAUUUGCACAUCGUUGACAGCGUCUGAAUUAGCUCAGUCAAAGCCUCUCAGAAGGUUUGCUGAAAGACCUGCACCUUUGAGUCUUGCGCACACCUCCAAAAAAACUGGUGUCUUUGAGAAAAGUGUGUUACAGCUACGGCUGUUGACAUGGCUUCGCUCGGUGAAGAGCAGACUCUAGAAAAGUGGAAAUGACUCAUAUUUCCUGUGAUGUGACAGGCAUUAUUGCCAUUCGCAGCAUCCAAUUAGCAGCAAUGCCUUGUAGCUUCUAGAUUAAUAGCUGCUUCAAGUUAGUAAGAAUACUUUGAAGCCCUCAUUGUCCGCCAGUGGGAUGCAGGAACUGCCAGUUCAACAAGUUGUGAUGCUCACAAUGACAGUGAGAUCUUGCAGCAUGACCUGCAGAUGAUAUCUGAAGUAAGGUGACCUCAUU